AUGACGUCUUUCUCGAGUAUUUCUUCGGUCGAUGGCUGCAACCGAAUAACGGCAUCUUACAGCGAUGGAGGAGGAUCGCCGUCGUCGAUAAUUCUUGCUUCGUCUCCGGCAACGAGAGCGAGGUCGAUAGUGUCACGCCUGCGAGCGGCCGGGGUUGGGGAGAAGAAGGCGCAGUACACCGUAGGCGUGGCGAUCGUGCUCGGAGUAUCCUUGGUCGGAGCGCUCGCGUUCGCUUACUCUCGUCCGGCGGACAACAAGUGGAGGAAGCUCAUUUUCGGCCAGGAGAUCACCACCCUCGGCAGCUCGCUGGACGCCGCUGCCGAGGCCGGCAUGCGAGCCAUGGCCAACGACCGCGCGCUCAAGCACCUGGGACACAGGGAGCUCAACCUUGGCAGCCUACCGCCGGGCGCCAAGAUCGUCAACCUGCCGAACCAGGUCGGAGGGCACAAGACGAUGAAGUCGGUGCCGGCACUGCUGCUGCUGGAGUGGGAGGGCAAGGGCAAGGGCGGCGGCUCUGCCCGCUUCGUGCUCAAGAUCUUGCACGACGGCGGGAGGGGGCUGGUGGAGCUCGGCUUCUACGAAAACCUCGCCAGACACGCCGAAGGGCCUGGGGCUCAGGGCAAGGAGCCCGAGCGCACGGAGCUGGCGAGCUUCCUGUGCCCCUACUUCGGCGCGGUGAAGGUUCGGACGGACGGGCACACGGAGGACGACGGGGAGGUGAUCGAGCCCACUUGCAUGCACUUCCUCAUCCUGGAGGACCUGUGCAGCGGGCUGGACAACCCGUGCGCGCUGGACGUGAAGAUGGGGAGGGUCACGGUGGAGCCGGGGGAGCGGGAGGAGAAGAAAAUCGGGCAGCUAAGGAAGUACCCUAACCAGCCGAUGGUGGGCUUCCGUUACGUGGGCAUGAGCUGGUCGAGCUUCUUCGAGGGCGACCAGGUGCCGGAGAAGAUCUCGCAGAGCAAGAAGUGGGGGGCGGGGAUGGCGGUGGAGGACACAGGGGGGGGUCUUGCCCGAUUCUUCUACGAUGGUACGCGCCUCCGUCGGGGGCGCGUGAAGUGCGCCCUCCGCAAGAUCCGUGCGGUGAGAGAUUUCUUCGCCCGGCAAAAGAUCUUCAAGUUCUACGCGAGCUCUCUCCUUCUGACGUACGACUCAGCAGACCCGACCCUUCCGGGGGACGUGGAGGAAGAGGUGGCGGUGUGCAUGAUCGACUUCGCGCAUGCCGUUCCGGUAGACGGAGACGGCGAGUUAGGGGAGGGCCCCGCGGAGGCUCCGGGAGACAAGGGGUACCUAUACGGGGCGGAGAACCUUGUCGGCAUCAUGGAGGAGCUCCUGGAGGUGACGGCCGAGGAGCCCGACGCGCCGAUGGAGCUCUCGGCGAUCUCGGCGAAGCUGGAGUUCAUGACCAACCUCAAGAAGAACUACGUCGCUGACGCCUGAGCCGUUGACGCGCGCCUGAUGAGAAUGUCUAAAUUGCUGUGUAGGCUUUCCAUCAAUUUUCCGCCGUGUUUUCCAGCGAUUUUUUUUUUUUUCUGGGGGGGAAUAUCGCACGAGGCGCAUUUGGCCGACUCGAAACGGACCGCCAACAUGGGCGCCGCUGUUCUGGUACAUAGGAUGCCCACAACACUUUACGGAGUUCUUGAAUGUAUCUCGAUGUGUUGUGUCUGUGUUUCUCACGGUUGUGACAUAUAAUAGCACACACGAUGUUGUUGGCGAUUGGGAGGGAAAAAUUGUCUGCUUUUGCAUCUCUGAGGAGCGAGCGGGGACACGUCUCUUUCCUCCAUGUUUUUUACGAUUUUUCGAGAGUUUUUUGUGUUUUGUUCGGGGUCUUCAUGUCCAAAUGCUUACCGGUUUAGUCCCCGCUGAUGAAAGUCGUGCGCGCUUCGCCGCGUUUGUAGGCGAACAUAGAUCUUUGCCGAGUGAAACAGCAGUAGGUACGUUUUUUAUUUUUUACGAAUAUUGCGAAAUGUGGCUC